GCCAUGGAGUUUCCCACCUAAGAGAAGUUUGAGGGACGAGAUUGGUCAUGGGAAUGGAUCAAUUAUUUUUCUUACUGCACUGUAUUAGUAGUUUUUCAAACUGUUAUGUCGUCCUCAUUAACUGGCAGGAUAACUAUCCACUUCGUGACAAAGCGAAAUGUACUGGGGCCAUUCUCCAUCAGUCUUUCAGGCUAUUUAAGAAGGUAUUGCACUGUGCUGCUCCUGUUCUUGUGCACUCUUAUGCUUCACAUGCUGUACCGCUAAUAAGAAAAAACAAAAAAAUAUAAAACCAGCCAUCAUCGCUGACUCACAGAACAUUCGGUCGAGGAUUCUUGCGCAACCAGUUUAUUCUUCUAAGCGGUUCUGUUCUUGCUAUCGAGAAUGAUAUCAGCAAUUCUACUCGUCCAGCUAUUAGUGGCGGCAGUGGUGGUGAUCCUCAAGAGUGCAGAUUGUACUCCAGUACCAAAGCAAAAUGUUUCUCCAGGAGCAGGUUUCAUCCCAGUUUUCAUAAGAGUAGGUGAUACGCCUCUUGAAAACAUAAACCCCGAGCUAGCCGAAGCAUUUGAAGUUUACGCUAUUAAGAAUGGAAGGGUUCAACUUGUGCUGAUCUUAAUCCUUCAUGUACUGAUGACGCCGUUGCGUAGGAAGUGCAAUCAACCUACUUGACAUAAUUUUUUUGUUUUAGGUAAAAGUUAGGGUGGGAUAUCCAAGACCAAAUAUGAUCGCAAACGACAGAACCAAGCAGCAGGCUCGUACACAAAAUGCAGUGAAGAAGCUCGAAAUAUCUGUAGAAGAAACGAAUCUACCUCACCAUAUCCAAAAAAUAGCUAAGACUAUCUGAAAUUGUUGUAGCCAAUCAAAACAUAAAAUAAAUUAUAGAAACAAACCAGUCUGCGGAUUUCAGUAUCUACGUUCGAUCAAAUGUUAUGCCUUACGAGGUUAGUAAAUUUAUGUGACGUAUGAUAAACUUUAUUUUUGCGAAAAAAGAAUAUAUUGAUUAUUUGAGAUUUUUAUACAUUACA